AAUAAUCUUGUAAAGAUGAAAAAUAUAAACAAGUUAUGGUUAACAGAAAAGCGCAUAUUUCAGCAUCGAAGCGAGACGGUCCACUUGAAACGAACAAUAAAAUAUAAAUAAUAUCAAAAUAUGAGCUUUUCUAAGAAUUAAAAUUUGGUUGCCAUUAAACGUUAGUAAAGUUGCUGUAGAACGUAAUAUUUACUGUUAAUGUUUACCGUUUCAUUGAGUUUGAGUAUUUACUUUGAUGAAAGGAUUUAAAUGGUUGAUGAUGCCGAUAAAUACUGAAUAUAUACCGUGAACAUGGCCAGAGGAGUUUGCUGUUUUCCGUGGAAGCUAGCUUACUUAGUGCCCGCCAGACUCUUUUAUUCCCGCGGUAAACAUACGUUGUGGCAAGAGCUUUCAAAAUUUACAUCGGAUGAGAAUCUAGCAUAGAUAUUUUAGGACUCAAAAUAUAAGAAAUUCUUACUCGUGAAGUUUCCUAGAUUGUUUUAAAGGCCGUUCAGAGAAAAUCGGAGUUUCCAGCACAAAUAAACGAAAUUGAAUGCAAUCAUCAUUUUUUCCCUUUCCCAUCCGGAUACACGAACGAAGGAAAAACCUAUUAAAAGACAUGUCAGAAGUUCUUUAACGCUUGCAAAUGGUCUUGCACUUUUCAUUAGCGUCACAGGCAUUGUCAGUUUAUUAAACAUUACUUAUCACUUCUUUUCGGUUCCCUCCCAGUACGACAGUUUCUUCGAUAACAAUCAAUGUUUCUUUUUGUGGUGAAAUCUAUACAUACUAAACUGAGUUUGUCUACUUGGACGUCAUUUUCUCAUGCAGUCUAACUUGAACCAAGCUGAAAGUUGUUUGUGCCUGUCUAAGAAUGGAAAAAAAGAGAGAAUUGCAAUUAUUUAAUUUGGAGCGAUAUUGUGUUGAAUAUAUGGAGUAAGUCCUUAUCGCUGCCUGUACCUCAACCCUUUUGUUCGGCUGUCAUCGCUUUGCUAUCUUGGUGUGUUAAUGGCGUAAGAGGCGUGAUAUAUAGUGCGCGUGAGAAAAGAUAUGCAGAUCUCGAAACAUCCAGCCAAUAAUCCGUGAGCAAAUAUUUGCUAAGCCUAAGCCUUAGAAUAUUUGCAUUUUGUUUAGAGGGCAAACAUCGCGCAAGACGCCAAGUGAAGCUACCGAAAAGCGGUUUACACCAGAUCAAAGGGCGCCUUGAGACAACGCCAAACACGAGAAAUAUCUUUUGUGGAAAAUUUCACAACAAAAGCUAGAUGAACCGAAGAGAAUAGGACUGAUGAAGCGCUAAUUUCCAAGGAAUUGCGUUUCUUUUGCUAAUGGCUUUGGCUUAAAAGUUCCAUUCACUGAUGUGCGAAUUACAUGCCACAAUUCACUAAUGAGAGAGCCUCGCUCGUUGAUUGGUCGCUGUGUGAAUCUGUCAAUAUCGCUAAUCUAAUGACAAGGGUGACAUGCAAUCGACUAAACACUGACAAAACACCUCGCUGAAGUCAGAAUGAAAUCACUCUUAAAAUAGCGGGCGCAAUGCAUGUAACACGCCGCAUCGUGUAUGUAGCUUUGAUAUUUUCUAGCGCGUUCUACGUCGCUCUCAGCAGAGAAAGGAAAUGUGAAAAGAUCAAGAUACCUUUGUGUCAAAGUGUUGGCUAUAACUUCACAUACAUGCCAAACAUGUUCAACCACGACACACAGGAAGAAGCGGCGCUUGAAGUUCAUCAAUUCUGGCCGCUAGUCGAGAUCAAGUGUUCGGCAGACCUGAAGCUCUUUCUGUGCUCCAUUUAUGCUCCUAUAUGUCAGCCGAACUAUAGGAGAGAAAUUCCCCCAUGUCGAUCGCUUUGCCAACAAGCAAGGGAAGGUUGUGCGCCUCUUAUGCGCCAGUACGGCUUUUCGUGGCCCAAACGAAUGAGAUGCGAAAACUUUCCUAAAUUUGGAAAUAAGAUAUGUGUAGGAAAAAACGAAAGUACAACAACUCCGACGUCAACAACAGCUAGAACAACAAGUGCACCGAUAUCGGCGAAAGGAGGUGAUUCGGGCAAUCAGGCGGUCAACUGUUGCUCUUGCAGACCGCCGUUUGUGUCAUUAACUGACGAAAAACUUAAACCGAAUUUGCGGGACAUUUCUACAGGGGGUGUCCCACACUGUGUAAUGUCUUGCAAUAAAACGUACUUCUCGCAGGAUCAAGAAAACUUCGCAUCGUUCUGGAUUGGACUGUGGGCUGUCCUGUGUUUUAUCUCUACCCUCGUAACCUCGCUGACGUUUCUUAUCGACAUGCAACGGUUCAGAUAUCCCGAGCGACCGAUCAUUUUUCUGUCCGUCUGCUAUUGCUUUGUGGCUAUAGGUUACAUCAUUCGUUUCAUCGCCGGAUACAAGAACGUGGCAUGCGAUUCUCAAGGCUUGAUGAGAUACGAAACAUCAGGACCGGCCGCAUGUACCAUCGUUUUUCUACUGAUUUAUUUCUUUGGAAUGGCAUCGUCACUGUGGUGGGUCAUAUUGUCCUUCACCUGGUUUCUCUCUGCUGGGAUGAAGUGGUCAACAGAGGCCAUCACCAACUAUUCACAGUACUUUCAUGUGGCCGCAUGGCUUGUUCCAGCGAUACAAACCAUCGCUGUCCUAGCGAUGUCUACAGUAGAUGGAGACCCAGUCAGUGGGAUUUGUUUUGUCGGAAAUCACAACCUUCAGAGCUUGAUCGUUUUUGUUGUUGUACCCCUUCUCGUGUACCUGGUGUUUGGGACGUCCUUUUUAAUAGCGGGUUUCUACUCAUUGGUUCGUAUUCGGAAAGUUUUACGUAUGCAGACUGAUAAACUGAUCAAAACUGAUAAACUUGAAAAGCUAAUGAUUCGCAUCGGAGUCUUCUCUGUCUUAUACACUGUGCCCGCCACUAUUGUUGUGGCUUGUUAUUUUUACGAAUUUGUAAACAGGGAAACCUGGGAGAGAUCCGUGGUGUGUGCGGAUUGCAACAAUGUAAAUCAGGUUCGACCGGACCAUUCGGUGUUUAUUAUCAAGUAUUUCAUGGCGUUGGUUGUCGGCAUCACGUCGGGAUUUUGGAUCUGGUCUGGUAAGACAAUAGAAUCUUGGAAAAGAUUUUGCAAUCGACUACUUGGCAACACACAAGCACGAAGAGAAAAGGGGGAAAGAACUGUAACGGCCACUGUUUGAAUAAGCUGACUAAAUGUUUGUUUUAAUCAGAAAUAUUUAAUACCUGCCGGCCCACUCGCUUGAACAAACCAUCGCUAAUAAAGGUCUUUUGAAUGCACUGUUAUCAGCUUAUUCGGCCAUGAAGUGCAUAGUAUGCCAAACAUUUACCACAGAGCAGGCUAAAACUGCCAAACGAAACAACUUGGGAACGCUAAUCCUUCCGGACCAUUCAAACUGUAUAAAAGUACACGUAUGGACCGAAGGAAAAUGAAGCACGCUUGAAUAUUACGUUAAACAUUCAUGAUUGAAGACAAGUAAAAUUUGCAUAGGCUAAUGGAUUAAGUUCUUUUUUAAGUCAUCCCUGGACGCUUUCAAACGUGAUUUUAAAGCAAAGAACUCAAUAGAAGCAUUUUAAUUCAUAAUUCCUUGGGAAGUAAUAAAUCCAAACAUCUGCGGUGAUUACGGCACCAAGCUUUUAACCAUCAGACAGCUGACUGAAGAGUUCGCAAGCAAAAAAGAGGUUUUGUAGAUACGCACUGGACGUUAGCAAUCUUUUCAAUAGUCUAAUUAUGGUGCUAAUUAAAGGUCCCAAGAGGGGCGUCCACCUAAGGCUAUUAACGCCAGAUCAUUCAGCAAUACGCUGUUUAAAAUAAGUUGAGCUGGAGACGACGUUGUUUACAGGUUAUAUUUUAGAUAAGAUAAUAUAUUUCUACCGGCAGUUUAUCCUAAACAAGUCGCUUCACGAACCAGUCUCGCUAGUUGAAAGUCUCAAUGCAAGACAAUAACGUCCUAGGUCACAUUAAAUAUCUAAGAUUUUUUAACCUAUAGUGUCUGUCAUCUUUCUACUAAGCGAAAUCCCGAAGACUAAAAUUUGAGGUUCAUGUCUCAA